GUCAUCACUAGCAUCCAGUAUCAAACAUCUAGUCUACCAUCAUGGACCACCCAUCCCUCGCUUCCGAGGCUGAUACAGCAUUACAUACUGCAGCCUCAACCCUCCUCCAUCCCUCUCUCACUUCCGUCGCAGAAGACGCGUCGACCCUGGCCGCUCAACACCAGGACCCGCAGCUAGAUCCAUCUCAGGGUCAAGACAUCGACGAAGACUCACUUCAUGGGCUACAAUGUGCUGUCGAAGGUCUCGACUACUCUCGACCGUCUCAGCAUCCCCAGCAACAACAUGAUCUUAACCAUCACCACGACCAACAACCCCAUCUCCAAUCCCUCGUGAAACGACCCGACCAACACGUCGACAUUCGCACCAUUAUCGACCCCCCAGAUCUAGAUGCAUGGCGAGAGCGACUUUUCAACGUCGACGAGAUGAUCGUCCUAAGUGAAGAGCAAUUCCUAACAUACUUCCCACACAUCGACAACGUCUACUCCCACCGCUCCACCCAACACUACAAACGCAAACCCCUAAUCUCCCACUACUGGGACUGUCGACUAAAAGGCCGACCCCCCGGAACACCCAAAUCCAACGACCCCAACAAAAAGAAACGGAAGCGCACGGCCCGUCAGCGCGAUCUCUGUGACGUGAAGAUCAAAAUCACGGAGUAUUUUCCGGGGCAUGAUGUGAUGGGGUCAUCGGGGACGGAUGCGGGCCUUAGUGUGCUCGGGGUCGGGGUCUCGGGUUCGCUACCGGGAGCCGGCGGCUCAAUGCUCCAUCCUACGGCGGAGUCUGGUCUCAGGGAUCAACAGAACCAGCCGUUUGGGUUACUGACGCCGAGUUUGAAUCCGCCGUUGCCGGAGGGUCACCCCGGGGUUAAUGGGCAGCGGUUUUUCACCAUUCAACGGGUUAAUGGGAAUGGGGCGAAUGGGAAGAAUGAUGGGGUGAGUGGGGGGCAUCGGCAUACGUUGGAGGAGAGUGAUCGGGUGAAGAAGAAUAGUGUGCAGAGGUACUUGUUGAAGGAGGUGAGGGAGAAAAAGAGGUCGCUUUCUACCAGAGCAAUGGCCACGCAGAACGAGACGCAGAAACAAUACCACACCAAAGCCACCGGCCUGGCUGCCCGGACUGUCGCGAACCGCUCCCAAGACGAUGAGCUGAAACUGUAUGGCAGUUGCUUUUGCCCGUUUGUACAGCGCGUCUGGAUCGCCUUGGAGGUCAAGGGUAUCCCUUAUCAGUACAUUGAGGUCGACCCUUAUAAAAAACCCCAGUCCUUGCUGGAUGUGAACCCCCGGGGUCUAGUCCCAGCAUUGCGGCACGGGGAUUGGGGCUCAUAUGAGAGCUCCGUAUUGCUAGAAUACUUAGAAGAUCUGAAUGUUGGACCACCACUGCUCCCGCCCGGAGACGCCAAGCUGAGGGCGCAUUGCCGACUGUGGACAGACUUUAUCAACCGUCACAUUGUUCCCAACUUCUACCGUGUCCUCCAAGAACAAGACACGCAGAAGCAGAUAGCCAACGCGCAAGAGCUCCGAGAUGCGUUCAACACAUUGGUCACAGCCGCAGAUGCGCAGGGACCGUUCUUUCUUGGCCCUCGUGUCUCGUUCGUGGAUGUCCAGGUAGCCCCUUGGAUAAUCCGAUUGCGCCGCGCCCUGAAGCCCUAUCGCGGCUGGCCAGACCCGGAACCUGGCAGUCGCUGGGGUGCCUGGGUAGACGCAAUCGAGAACAAUGAGCACAUCCAGGCCACCACCAGCACCGACGAGCUCUAUCUGGAUAGCUAUGAGCGAUAUGCCCAAAACCGACCCAACACGUCUCAGGUUGCCAAUGCAAUCAACUCCGGAAGGGGUCUGCCCUAG